CUGGCGCGGCCGCUUCACCAUGGCGACGGCCGCUCCGCGGCGCUUCUGCCGCUGCGCCUGCUUCUGCUCUCAGAACCUGUACGUGGCGCGCUACGGGCUGCACCUGCGCUUCCGGGACGAGCAGCAGCUGCGCCGUGACUACGGCCCGCUCCUGCGCAGCCGCGGCUGCGUCACUUCCAAGGACUUCCAGCAACUCUUGGAGGAGCUUGAGCAGGAGGUGGGGCGCCGCCGCAGGCUGGGCCAGGAGUCAGCUGCCAGAAAGGCCCUCAUCGCCAGCUCCUACCACCCAGCGAGGCCUGAUGUCCACAAGGCACUGCAGGAUGCUGCUCUGGCCCCCGAGUUUGUGGCUGCAGCUGAAUAUAGUGCAUCCCCGGGUGCUGACCUUGAGGGCCUUCUCCAGCGGCUGGAGAUAGUGUCAGAGGAGAAGCGCAUCUACCGGGUGCCAGUAUUCUCGGUGGAGUUCUGCCAGGCCCUGCUGGAGGAGCUGGAGCAUUUUGAGCAGUCGGACAUGCCCAAGGGAAGGCCCAACACCAUGAACAACUAUGGGAUACUGAUGCACGAGCUAGGCCUAGACGAGCCUCUGGUGACACCUUUGCGGGAGCGCUUCCUGCAGCCGCUGCUGGCCCUGCUGUACCCAGAGUGUGGCGGGGGCCAGCUUGAUAGCCACCGGGCCUUUGUGGUCAAGUAUGCGCUGGGCCAGGACCUGGAGCUGGGCUGCCACUACGACAACGCUGAGCUCACCCUCAAUGUGGCUCUGGGCAAGGCCUUCACAGGGGGUGCCCUAUACUUUGGGGGCCUCUUCCAGGCACCUGCAGCCCUGAUGGAGCCCCUGGAAGUGGACCAUGUGGUGGGCCAGGGCAUCCUGCACCGUGGUGGCCAGCUGCACGGGGCGCGACCCCUGGGUACCGGAGAGCGCUGGAACCUUGUCGUCUGGCUCCGGGCCUCUGCUGUUCGGAACCGCCUCUGUCCUAUGUGCUGCCAGAAGCCAGAGCUGGUGGAUGAUGAGGGCUUCGGUGACGGCUUCACCCGGGAGGAGCCUGCCAUGGUAGAUGUCUGUGCACUGACUUGAGCCUGGUACACCCAGCGGUGUUGGUGCUGUGGCCGCAGAAAGCUGCCAUCUUGGGCGGGGAGAGCAGAAAUAAACUCUGCAGCCUUGACACUCA